AUGUGCCUUCGCAGAGCAGUUAUACCUAGAAAUGACAGUGGCAGUUUUAAUCUCUUGCUUUCUGGAGUUUACCUAACUGCACAGGUGAAUACUUUUAAAGACUCUUCAGGUCGCCCGUCCGUGCUUCUUUCGGCUUGUCAAUCUGUUGUGAAAAAUGCUAAACUCCAUUUGAGUGGGGGUGCCAGCUGGUUCUACAACCUUUUCGCUGGGUUUUUAGAAGAGCCAAUCAAACAUAACGUAAAUGAAAAGCUGUGCCCAAGAGUGAAUGAAGCUCUUGCUAUCCUCCAAAGAGAAUUAGACACAUUUCAAGUUAUUUCCCAACUUGAUGCAAAAAAUGAAAUUGAUUACUCUCUUGUACAUCCUCCACGGGUAGAGAAGACUCACAUUGAUCUGGAGCUAAAGGGAUCCGUUCACCCUGUUGGAUCAUCUCGGAAUGAUCUCUUUCCAGAAAUCCAUAUAAAUUUACCCAAUGAAAGAACAUCUAUGGUUUAUAUUGGACUGUCGGAAUACUUCUUUAACUCUAUAGGGAAAAACUACUUUACAAUGAAUACUUUAAAGCUGGUUCUCACACAUGAGCAGUUUCCUCAUGCAUUUUGGUUACGAACAGGAGACUAUGGAACAAUCAUUCCAAAGAUAAAGCACCAUUAUCCUCAGUCACAGGCUAUGGAACUAGUAAUAACCGCUACAAAGGCUCCUAUGGUAACCGUGACUCCUCAGAAUAUCACCAUGGAGAUGACUGGACUGUUACAAGGAAUGGUCGUCUUGCCAUAUUUAGUCACCAGCCAAGUAUUUUCUGUCAAUAUGGUAGCAACUCUUAUAGCUGACAAAGUGCAACUCUCAGGCCUGAACCUGGUAGUCUCCUUUGUUGUUGAAAGGUAUAAAUUUCACGAAUUCAAAAGCUCUGUGGGCUAUAUCAAUGUUGCAGAACUAGAGAGUGCCUUGGAUCAUAGCUUGCGAGAAUCUGUGCUACGAGAAAUAAAUGACCGUCUGCAGAAAGGUAUCCCCAUGCCAGCCCUUGGUAAUAUCAGCCUUCAGGAUCCAGCAGUCACAAUUACUCAGGCAAGUAUCAAUGUAAGGCCUUAA